AUGGCUAUGAAAAAUAACAUCGAUUCCAACGUUGUAACUACGGAAAGAAAAUCACCUGAUGGUGGUUGGGGAUGGGUUAUUGUUUUUUCAUCGUUCAUGAUUCAUUUCAUUAUGGAUGGGAUUACAUAUUCGAUGGGUGACAUAUAUUUACAUCCAAUGAUGGAAGUGCUUGGACGUAAUCGAGGUACAGUUUCAUUUAUUUUUGGUAUGUUACCAGCUAUUACACUCGGUUCAGGACUCUUUGCAACAGUACUUAUAAACAGGCAUGGAUGUCGCAAAAUGACCAUCAUUGGCUCAUGUUUAGCUGCUAUGGGAUUUUUGGCAAGUUCAUUUUUUGCUAAUAUCUGGUUUUAUUACUUUGCUAUUGGUAUUGUUGCAGGUUUUGGUUUUGGACUUAUUUACUUAGCAGCUAUUGCUUCAAUAAAUUUUUAUUUCGACAAAAAAAUUUCUCGCGCAUUGGGAAUUGCUGUUUGUGGCUCAGGUUUAGGUACAAUGGCAUUUCCUUGGAUUAUGCCAUAUAUCAUUAAUUAUCCUAUGUGGUUUGAUGUACAUGGUGGUCUCUUGAAUGAAUCAGCUAUCAUCUUUAUGUGUGUAGUUUUUGGAAUGUUGAUGAUUCCCUUACCAAAAGAACCUAGUGAAAUAAGACGGGUUGAAAAUAAAGCAAAAACUGCAGCUAAGCGGCAAGCAAAAAAACCAAUUAAAAAUGCCAAUAUUAUGGUUGAUACCAACGAACAACAUUCUCAAUUGCUGACGAACCAAGAGAGCAGCAUACCAUCCACAGAGAUAAGUGAAUUACAUUUGGGCCAUUCCAAGAAGCAACGACAGCAACCAUCCACUGAUUAUGUAUCUGUUCGAGAUAGCAAACAAAAUAACCUAGCCAAUGGAUAUGAUAAAGUUCAUAAUCAUCAAACGAUAGUUCCUGACUCGGCCGAUGAUGAAUCUUUUAAAAUGACUACUAAAGAUCUAGAAUUACUUGAAAAUGAUGAUGCUACUGGUGAAGAUCAUGAAAAAAUAAUUAUAACAAAUGACAAAGCUAUAGGUCAAGUCACUGCAUCAAACGAGGAAAAGACAACUAACAGUUCAAAGCAAUCAUUUAUUCAUGAGCUUAGCAAUGAAAUCGAUAUUAAGCUUUUAAAAGAUCAUGCAUUUGUUCUAUUUAUUAUAUCAAACUUUCUUACUAGCCUUGGUUUUAAUAUUCCAUAUAAUUUCGCUAAUGAUCUAGCUAUUGAUGCAAAAGUUGGAGAACAUCGUAGACAUUGGAUCAUUAUGUCUAUUGGAUUUGGUAAUUGUAUUGGUCGUAUUAUUAUCGGAGUUUUAGGUGAUUUUAAACGGAUAAAUCGUUUAAAUUUAUAUAAUAUAGUAUUAAUUUUGGCUGGCAUAGCUACGAUGACUGCACCACUUUGUGGUUCAAUUGUUUAUUCACAUAUGGCGUAUGCCUUUGUUUUCGGAUUUUUUUCUGGGGGUUACGUUGGUUUAACAACAGUCAUUGUUAAGGAUUUAGUUGGUGAAAACAAAGUAUUACCUGCACUCGGAAUAAUUUAUUCAUUUCAAGGUUUGGCUACUGCUAUUGGUACACCGAUUGUGGGAACCAUGCGUGAUUAUCCUUUGAAUCCUUUGCAACCAUAUCUUUGGCCUUAUAUCAUAUUUGGCAGUUCAAUUAUACUAAGCGGCAUAAUCUUAUUUGCUAUACCCAAAUUGAAACGGCGACAAGAAAGUAAUAAAAAAAAGCCCCAAGAUUCAAAUGAGUAUGAAUCUUAA